AUGAACAGUUCAAAAUCACCAGUGCUGGACGGAUUAGGAAACACAACCUGCAGCGCACACAAUAAGAUUUCGGUAUUCUUUUCAAUAAUAUUCAUGACGGUGGGAAUUUUAUCCAACAGUCUUGCAAUAGCAAUUCUCAUGAAGGCAUAUCAGAGAUUUAGACAGAAAUCAAAAGCAUCCUUUUUGCUUUUUGCUAGUGGUUUGGUUGUCACAGAUCUUUUUGGCCAUCUCAUCAAUGGAACUAUUGCCGUGUUUGUGUAUGCCUCUGACAAAGACUGGAUUCGAUUUAAUCAAUCAAACAUUCUCUGCAGUGUUUUUGGCAUAUGUAUGGUAUUCUUUGGUCUGUGCCCUCUCUUUCUGGGCAGUGUGAUGGCUGUUGAACGUUGCAUUGGAGUCACUAAACCAAUAUUUCAUUCUACAAAAAUGACUUCUAAACAUGUAAAAAUGAUUUUGACUACGGUAUGUCUCUUUGCUGUUUUUAUAGCUUUGCUGCCUAUUCUUAGCUUUAGAGCAUAUCAAAUUCAAGCAUCGAGGACCUGGUGCUUCUAUAAAACAGAACAUAUUGAGGACUGGGAAGACAGAUUUUAUCUAUUACUUUUUUCUUGCCUUGGGUUACUAGCCCUUGCUGUUUCAUUCUUGUGCAAUGCUGUCACAGGAAUUACUCUCUUAAGAGUCAAAUUUAAAAGUCAACAAAGACAAGGCCGAUCUCAUCAUUUUGAAAUGAUCAUUCAGCUAUUGGCUAUAAUGUGUGUCUCUUGCAUUUGCUGGAGUCCAUUUCUGGUGACAAUGGCCAAUAUUGGAAUAAAUGCAGAUCGUUCAAUGGAAACCUGUGAAACAAUACUUGUUGUUCUCCGAAUGGCAACGUGGAAUCAAAUAUUAGAUCCCUGGGUAUACAUUCUUCUAAGGAAAGCUGUGCUGAAAACCCUCUACAAGAUUGCUAGGAGAUGCUGUGGAAUGCACAUCAUGAACUUGCAUAUGUGGGAACUCAGCUCCAUCAAGAAUUCUUUAAAGGUUGCAGCAAUUUCUGAGUCACCAGUUAGUUCCAAACAAAUAAAUCAACAGCCACUCAGCUCGACAGGGCAAUAA